AUGUCUUCAAUAAAAUGUUUGAUUAUAUCAGUGAAGACAUUGAGACCAGAAGUGGAGGACUAUUGGCUGGAAGUGAGCGCUGAUGUGAACACUGUAUCCGAUCUGAAGUCCACUGUUUUGGACACAAAUGGCUUUAUAUUGAGAACUGUAUCCGAUCUGAAGUCCACUGUUUUGGACACAAAUGGCUUUAUAUUGAGUGCCGAAGACAUUGACCUCUAUUUGGAUGGAGUGGUACUCAGAGAUGAGACACGAGUUAAUAGUAAUGUGUUUAGAAAUAGAGGUAGAAUUGAAAUCAAGUGGAAACCGGGUCGACAAGUGGUGGACACCUGUACUUCAAUGAGUGUUAAGAAACACUGCAACUCUAUAUAUCCGGAAAUGACAUUUGAAAAGAUCGAGGCAACAGAUGUUUUUGUGGAAAGCCAUGACUUGACCACAACCUCACAUACCUCUCAAUCUAAUGAUGAACGAGAAUAUAGGGAACCGAUGGCAUCGAAAGCAAUAUAUAAUCUGCGGUCAAGACGUAUGAACACAAAGUCCACAAUCAAUUAUUGUGAAACUGAUGGCAGUAGUGAUGACAACCACACAGACAUCUCCGAUACCGAGAUUUAUGACGGUUGGCACUCGGGUCCACACAAACAGAUUACAAAUCAUGAUAAGAGAUUUACAUCUAAUAAACAGAAUGUUAGGCAAUAUAUUACUCAAAAAUCAGACCUCAUAGCAAACCAAAGCACAGAUUUACACCAAAAGAAAUUUCUCUGCGAUUACGAGAGUUGUAGUCAAACUUUUACACAAUACUCAAGCCUUUGUCGACACAAACAAUCGGUUCAUUUUCGAGAGAAGUCCUUUGUUUGUGGUUUUAGCGGUUUAUCUCGUAAUACAGAUUUACAUUUUCACGAGCAAUGCACGCAUUUAAAUGUUAAACCUUUUGUCUGCCACUAUAAUAAUUGUGGCAAAACAUUUGCCUUAAUUUCUCUACUUAUAAUUCAUAGGCGCACUCAUACGGGUGAAAAGCCGUAUGCGUGUGACUAUAAAGAUUGCGGGAAAACAUUUACUACAAAACAAUGUCUUGGUAGACACCAUAAAACAAAACAUCUAGAUUUAGUGAGAUAUGUUUGCAAUUAUAAAAGGUGUAGAAAAUAUUUGAGCACAUUUCAUCAUUUAAAUCGUCAUAUACGAGAGGUACAUUUGCGUGAAAAGCCUUUUGUUUGCAAUUAUGAUGGUUGUGGCAAAUGUUUCGCUCGACAAUCACUGAUGCUGCAACACAAACGGGUCAUUCAUUUGAAAGUAAAAAGAUUUAUUUGCGAUUAUAAGGGAUGUCAAAGAAUUUUCUCGUUUAAAACGAGUCUCGUUCGCCACAAACGAGUUGAACAUUUGGGCGAAAAGCCAUUUGAAUGCGAUUAUAAGAAUUGCGGUCAAAAGUUUGCUAUGAAGAGUGACUUGACGGAACAUAAGAAAAGGCAUCAAGUGAAGACAUUGAGACCAGAAGUGGAGGACUAUUGGCUGGAAGUGAGCGCUGAUGUGAACACUGUAUCCGAUCUGAAGUCCACUGUUUUGGACACAAAUGGCUUUAUAUUGAGUGCCGAAGACAUUGACCUCUAUUUCGAUGGAGUGGUACUCAGAGAUGAGACACGAGUUAAUAGUAAUGUGUUUAGAAAUAGAGGUAAAAUUGAAAUCAAGUGGAAACCGGGUCGAAAAUUGGUGAGCACUGGUAUUAGAGCCGGGAAUAAUUGUAACUCACUAUCAAAUUCAACAUUAUUUAUUCAUCUCAAUACUAAUACAUCUGAAACAACACAACCCACUGAUGAGAUAACAGAUGUGUUGGACAUCAGCAGUGAACAGACCCCAGGCUCUGGUCCGCCAAUAUCUAUCACAUUAAGAGAUAAUGAAUGUAUUAAUAAGUCAUUCAAUACCGACUCCAAUGAUAUGAUAAGUGCUUUUUCAGAAGAAGUGCCGACAGAGGUAUCCGAAGUUAGCCCUCAGUUGACCACCAGUUCCGACUCAAGUAUCACACAUAUUGACCAACAAACUGAAAAACCUAUAGCCCGGACAAACCACUAUUGUUUGCGUUCACAAUAUCUAAAUAAAAGACCUGUCGCUAAUUAUUGGAAAUUAGAUUCUUGUGAUAAUGACCAGUGCACUGAUGUCUCAGAUACCCGGGUUGUUGUUGACAAGAAUACAAACAAAAUUAGUCCAAAACAUAGCAAUUGCUUGGGUUUUGACAAUAAUAAAAGCAAACAAUUCAUAUGUAAUGAACACAAUUGUGGCAAAAACUUUGCUACAAAAGCAACACUUAUUCGCCACAAAAGACUACAUUCGGGCGAAAAGCCAUUUGUUUGCGAGAAAUGUGGCAAAUAUUUUGCAUUUAAUUUUUGCCUCAAUUCACACACGAAGUCAGUGCACGCACGCGAGAAGCAAUUUGUUUGCCAUUUCGAAAAUUGUGGCAAACGUUUUGCCCUGAACUAUUAUCUCAAAUCACACGUAAAGUCAGUACAUUUCGGCGAAAAGUCAUUUAUUUGUGAUUACCGUAAGUGUGGAAAAGGUUUCUCUAAAAGUUCACACCUUGUUACACAUAAAAAGACCGUACAUUUUGGGGGAAAGAGAUUUGUGUGCGAUGUUGAAGGCUGUGACAAAAAAUACAGUCGUAUUCAACAUCUCGAUGAUCAUAGAUAUGUCAAGACUAUGGGAGAAACAUCAUUUGUUUGUAAUUAUGCCAAUUGUGGUGAAGUGUUUUAUUUAAACCGGGCACUCAAUUGCCACAAACGAAACGUACAUUUAAAACAUCUAAAACCUGUUGAGAAAGAAAAGGAUAGUUUUGUCAAAAUGCUUGAGUGUUAUUAUAGUUAUUGUAAUAAAUUAUUUGCCACUAAAUGCGACCUAACGGCUCAUGUAUAUCGUAUACAUUUGCAGAUUCAACCAGGUAAAUGCAUUUAUUGUCUAAAGAUUUUUGCCACGGAAUCACAAUUGAAUCAUCAUAUUAAACUCAAACAUAAGGUUCUCAGAACAUUGAGACCAGAAGUGGAGGACUAUUGGCUGGAAGUGAGCGCUGAUGUGAACACUGUAUCCGAUCUGAAGUCCACUGUUUUGGACACAAAUGGCUUUAUAUUGAGUGUCGAAGACAUUGACCUCUAUUUGGAUGGAGUGGUACUCAGAGACGAGACACGAGUUAAUAGUAAUGUGUUUACCGAUAGAGAUAGCAUUGAAGUCAAAGGGAAAAGGGGUCGACAAGUGGUGGACACCUGUACUUCAAUGAGUGUUGAGAAACACUGCAACUCUAUAUAUCCACACACAACUGUUGAAGAUAUCGAGGCAACGGAUGUUUUUGUGGAAAGCCAUGACUCGACCACAACCUCCGAUAUCUCUCAAUCUAAUGAUGAACGAGAAUAUAGGGAACCGAUGGCAUCGAAAACAAUAUAUAAUCUGCGGUCAAGAAGUAUGAACACAAAGUCCACAAUCAAUUAUUGUGAAACUGAUGGCAGUAAUGAUGACAACCACACCGACAUCUCCGACACCGAGACUUAUGACGACUGGCACUCGGGUCCACACAAACAGAUCACAAAUCAUGAUAAGAGAGUGACAUCUAAUGAUUGGACCACCAGUUCCGACUCCGGGAUAACAAAUCAGAGUCAUCAAAGUGAAGUACCCAUAGCUCCAGAAAACACAUAUUAUUUGUGUUCACGAUAUCUAAACACAAAACAUGUCGUUAAUUAUGAGGAACCGGAGUCUAGUGGUGAUGACAAGUGCACUGAAGUGUCAAAUAUUGAAACACUUAGACAACUGAACUCAAGACAAAACAAACGUUACGAAAAUGAAAGCAAAGAAUUUGUAUGCAAUGAACAAAACUGUGGUAAAAGUUUCACAACAAAGUCAAACCUUUGUAGACAUAAAAGCCUUCAUUCAAGUAAAAAACGUUUUGUAUGCCAUUAUGAAAAGUGUGGCAAACGGUUUGCCACGAAUCAUUAUCUCAAAUCGCACGUAAUGUCAGUGUAUACACGUGAAAAACCAUUUGCUUGUGGAUAUCGUAAGUGUGGUAAAAGGUUCACUAAAAGUUCCCACCUUAAAAAUCAUAUGACCGCACAUUCAAGCGAAAGGCCAUUUGUAUGCGAUGUUGAAGGCUGUGGCAAGAAAUAUAAACGCAAUCAAGAUCUUCGUUACCAUAAAUUCAAGCAUUUGGGUAAUCAGCCAGUUGUGUGUAAAUAUCCAAACUGUGGCAAAAAUCUCAAUGUACACCAACGAACCAUACAUUUAAAACAAAAACCUAAAGUGAAACAAAGGGACAGUUAUGUUAAGAUGUUUGAGUGUUAUUAUAGUUAUUGUAAUAAAUGGUUUACAACUAAAUGUGAUUUAACAGCUCAUGUAAAACUUAUUCAUAUGCAGAUUCAAUAA